GAGUACUCAAGUCAAGGGACCGGUUGGCUAUGCUUGCCUGUGCUAUUGCGGCCGCAUCUGGAAUCGCUCUCUACUACUACUGCCGGGAUGACGAGGAGAAGAUGGCUGACAUUGUCUAUGGCCCUGGUUACAUGGUGCCGAGUGGUACUGCUGUUUCGAGAGAUCACUAUUCCGACACUAUUGAUAUGGACCAACAUCUACAUCACAUGCAUCGCCCAAGGAGGAUAUGGAGGAGUGAAAAUCCGGAACGAGUAUCUAGAAUUACAAGGACAUCUACAGAGAUGAAGAGCAGAAAAAUGAGCACUGAAACACCUUUACGGGAAGAGUCAUACGAUAGAGAACGACAAGGACUGAGAUACACUAGCGGAUUAGAUCAACCCAUAUAUUGCACCUGCGGGAUGAAUAAAAAUAAUUACAAUCAAUAUGGCUACAAUCAGCGGAACACUAGCGGAUUAGAUCAACCCGCAUAUUGCACCUGCGGGAUGAAUAAAAAUGAUUAUAAUCAAUAUGGCUAUAAUCAGCGGAAUGUACGCUCUAAUACCAGAACUGCUCGCGAGAUUUCAAGCACUAGAACUGGACGACGAAUGUCGAGUACCAAAACUGGAAUGCUACCUUCGGACGCUGAUGGAAGACGUAGAGUCACUAGAGAAUCGUACACCCGAAACGUGCAAAGAACGACUGCAUCUACGGACCCAGCCGCCCUAGACAAUCCGCAAUCAGCAAGCGUACGACUGAUCCCAGUUCAAAUUGACAAUCCAGAUGUGCACAACGUAACCGGCAGUGUGGAUCGAAAAUUUCUCGACGGAAGGCAUGUGAAAGUCGUAAAGAAGAAUGAGGAGAUAAUGAAAGAGAGCGUGAACUAAUAUAUAUCAAUCUCUAACACAAAACUAACUGCUUAGUACCCACUAUACUAACUGCUUAGUACUCACCUGCUUUGUCUACUGGUCUAAACGUGAUCUAUAAAAACUGGUCUAAAUGUGAUCUAUAAAACUCAUAUGCAAUGGAU